AGCACACUGCCGGAAAUGUAGAGUCGAAGAAGAAAGCAACUUAGGAAAAAAGGACUGCUGUGGCCGCGUUAGAUGUUUCUCCUGUACCGCCGAUAAUGCUAAAAAUGAAGUUACCGAUGAAAACUGGCGAGAAAGUAGGCGACGAGACCGCGGAGGACGAUUCACUGGAUCCAUCCGAGAGGCAGCACAUCCCCAGGGCGGUUUCUCCCCCUUCGGUGUUCGAAAGGCUGCAGGAGCCGCCGAGACCCCGCGUUCACGCAUCGCAUCUAGACAGGGAGACGGUGUUCGAGUGGUUCGGCCACCAUCUGAACCCCGCCAAGCGAAUCGAGUUCAUGUGCGGGCUGUUGCAUAUGUGCCAACCCCUAGAGCUCCGCUUUCUGGGAUCAUACUUGGAGGACCUCGCUAGGAAAGAUUACCACGUUUUACGGGACUUUGAGUGUAGGGCGAAUAGCCCAAGCGAUUUGGGAGUUUUAACGGACGUGGUGGACCCGGUGGUUCGGUCGAAACUCAUCGUCUGCCUGUCCCUCCUCGGCUCUGACAGGAGGGAAUGUGCUGGAAUACUCUUUCGGAUACUCAGUAGCGUGGACUUGGCCUUGUCCUAUCGAAACUAUGACUACUCCCUGCCUCUUUUCAGGGACCCUCAGCAUCACCUCCACCCGUUCUCUCCACCGUGCCAAGGCGGUUUUGUGUGUGAGCAGAACCGGGACGAACCAGCGGCAGGGGCUCUGGAGCAGUUGGCGUUGCUCUAUACCAUGGCCUCUCUACACCCAGCUUUCCAUUUCCACCAACGGGAAGUUAUCCGAGGACAACUGGACAAAAUAGAGCUUGCCUUGGAGGAGGAAAAGCGACAGAAGCAGCUUAGGAUAAACGCCCAGUCGACGGAGCUGGUGGCUCAGCAGGGGGACUACCUGAACUCUUCAGUGCAGGAGUUCGGAGAAUGCACAGCUUCCCAUCCUCCUUGCCAGAGCCGCCGCUCCAGCCACUGGGCAGCACAAAGAGAAGCUGUGCAUAUUGAGGGGAUUGUGCUCAGGGGGGUCUCUAGGACAGGAACAGAUAAGGAAUACAGCUUUGAGGUGAAGUGGUCGGACUCUUCUUCCAGCUGUGUGACCAAAACCCAUCAGGAGCUGGAGAACUUCCUUCUUAAGCUUCCAAAGGAUCAGUGCACGGAGUCUUUUGAGAAAAGCAUUCUAAGACUUCUGAGCCAGGGGGACCAGUAUGAGAGCAGGGAGGUGGAGAAGAACCUCAGGGAAAGGUUUCUGUCUGCUCCACCUCUUUUCAGACAGACCAGGAAGGUCUGCAGCUUCUUCAACUGUGAGUCCACCCACUCCUCCAGACCAGCUUGCAGUAGAUGCAACCUCCAGCCUGGAGCAGCCUUCCACCAAGACUGCUCUGAUGCCUCCAGUCAGGAUGAAGAGUCCUAUGUUCAGGGACACAAGAAGAAACACACAUCCAAGAGUCCAUGUCAGCUAUUGUCGCGGGCCAAAAGCCCCCAGGGCGACACUUGGAAGGGGGGCCAUGCAGCAGAGCUCAACGGACCCACAGACAGAAGGAAGAAGAGCAGCGCCCCGAGGAGCAGCCAAGACAUGGAACAGCACCUGGAUCCCGACAGGAGAAACCAGCCAACCUCUAAAAGCAAGAGCAGAUUUUUGCCUGUAGACCGGGACAAGGUGACUGUAAAGGGUACAGGAGCUGCUGCCUUUAUGACUAAUGGUAGUUUGUUACCAGCCUUGUCACCGAAGAGGAAAGUUGGAUCUUCACAACCUGAUAUGUUUGGUGAAAGCUCAUCUGAAAGCUGCAGCUCUCCGUCCAGCCCUCAGUACCAAAGACGUGAGAGUCUGGAAAGUGACGACGACAACAACAAAGACACAGACAGCCACUCUGAUGACUACAGUAAGGGCAGGGCCCCUGACAUGUUCUUCACACAGCAGACGGAUCCAGCAGAUGUCUCCUCGGUUCAUCCUCUGUCUUCCAACCACCACAAGCCUCGGAUAGAGCAGCCCCUCCCAGAAGCCAGCACGGAGUUCCCCCCACUCCCCUACAUGCAUUCUCUGGCCUGUGUGCUCCCAAAUGGUGCUGCCGACCCCGGGCUUCCACUGAUUUCCACUCCUAGCCAAAACAUCACUCCUGAUGGGAAGCCCCCGGCAGGGACCCUGAUGAUGCCGAUGUCUGCAGUGCCUCCAGCCAUCCAAGGCCCCGGAAUCAUCGGAGAUCCAGAAAAGAGGGAUGUGCUCACAACCUUUGGGAUUCCACCUCUUGCUCUUCACUCUUCUAUGAAUGCUGGUGUGCAGCCUCUGGUUCAAAGGUUUAAAACAGCUUUGCCCCACUGCCAGGGUGGUGCUGAGGGAUGCCCAGGUAGUGAUUCUGGUGCUGUGGCACCGCAACCCUGCCACUCACACCAGGCCCCUCUAAGAGCUCUGGGUUCCAUGUCUCCAGGGUCAACACUGUACUCCUCUUCUCUUCUGCCCUGCCAGGACCCAGCCAGUGUGAAUCCGAGCCUACCUUCCUCUCUACCACACAUGGAGACUCCUCACACCAAGCUCCAUGGCCUAACCUUACCGUCUGGAAUACCUUCUCCGUACACUCUGGCCCCUGUACCCACCUCUGUUAUGCCUGCUCUGGGGGCCUCUGUGGCCCCUGGAGUAGCUCCAUCAGCAGCACACGUACCAGCAGUUGUUCCUCCAACUGUGCCCUCAAACUCACCGGGACCUGCCCCGAGCCUUAGCCCAGCACUUAGUCACAACACAGCCCAUACCGACUCUACAUCAUACAGCAACACCAGUGCUUCCUGUGGAAGCGCCCCUGUUGCCCCUGGCAACCACAUAACUGUUCAGCAAACCCAGCAGCAACAAAUGCCCCCUCAGCAGCAAACACCACCCCUCCAGCAGCAGCAGCCUGUGGGAUGCGGGACCUGCGGUUGUCAUAACAACUGUGGCAGUCGAGGCAGCAGCAACACAGUAGGAAACUCUUCUGGAUGUCAGCCCUCCUUUUACUUCGCCCACCCCGUGGCUGCAGUAGCCCGCCAGAUGUUCAGUGUUCCUCAGUCUCUCCUCUACCUCACCCAGCCCCAAGCUCCUCACCAGGCCAACGGUCCACCCACCCUCCCCUCUUUCUUCCCCACGGCUCCACCCCAGGUGCACCCAUCCCCAUACCUUCACCCUCACAGCCAGGCGGAGGUGGCGUCUCACAUAAUGAGCAGCCAGGCCCCGGUGGCAGCCGCAAACUACGGCCUCCAGCAGCAGAUGGCGCCGGCAGCGUCGUUCCAGCGUGUCUACCAGCAUAUAUACCCCAGUCAUUUGGGUAUGCUGCCUGCUGCUGCCCUGGGGGGAGGCGGGAUCAACAAAAAAAACGGCACAGUUUCCUGUUACAACUGUGGUAUAAACGGCCACUUUGCUCAGGACUGCAACCAGUCCACCGUGGACUCCUUGCAGCAAGGUGGCUUCAGGUUAAAGUAUGCAGCAUCCAACAUUUCAGAACCACUUGACAAUGCUGACUGAAGAGGAAGAAGAAGGAAGGUGAAGAUGAGUUCCUCUUGACGUUCUGACCACGACAGGCUUCUGUUGUUCCCAGGUACCGUAGCGCACCAAAGCGUCUGGGUACCAUUCAAACCCAGAAAGCGACCUGCCAAGGGCUCAGCGGACAAAGCCUCAGUACAUGUGCCUGACCCACCAUCCCACACAUACCAACAGUCAUGUGACUCCCAGUCCCUUCCCUUUCAGUUUCUUUGGAUGUUUUUGCACUGAGGGUUGGAAAAGAUUAAAUUAUUACUUCAUAGAAAGAUUUUUAUUUGGUUCCUAUAUGUCUUUUUUUUUUUUUGUUGUUAAAAAAGAAGACCCGAGUCUUUACUUAAAUGUUCUUAUCCACUUAUUUCUUAAGUCUAUUUAUGCUUUCUUGUCAUGGUUUGUGUUGAUUUUGGGUUUUGUUUGGAAGAAUUGUACAACAGUUUCCUGAGAUCAUUAACUGGUAGAAGAAAAGUCAUGUAAGCAGAAUAGAUUUUAAGCUCUUGGCACAGUUUUGAAUGUACACCUUUAAACUUAGGAAUCUGUAUAUUUAAGGAAUUUCAUGGAUGUUUGGGCUAGAAGGUAACUGCUGCUUCUGAUGUGUUUUAAAUCAAAGCAGGAAUCUCAUUUAUGUUUGAUUUGGAUUCUUGAACUUGAUUCACGCAACGCAAGAACACGAGCACCACAACCGCAUUCAUGUUGGGGUCUUUCAUUUAGCCUCAGAUCCACAAGAGAUAAAGAUUUGCUUUAAUAGGUUUUUUUAUAUAUGUGAUAUUUUAGUUGGCACUCGGUUUUAAAUCAAUCUAAAGAACGACCUCCUGCCCCCGAUUCCACCUUGUCAGACAUGUUUUUAACAUUUGGUAACAAAGCAGAAGCUCGAUGUGUCGGGUAGCACUAAAAUACAGAAAAAUGACACAAACCCUGCAGAUGUUUUAUCUGCGAUAAAAGUGGCAGUUUAAAGACUGGACCUCUAAUAAUCCUGCCAGUUUCCUUAAAAGACUUCACUGGAAGAUGAGAAGCACAUCCUGGAAAGCUGCGCGAUCCAAGGAGAAGGUCUCCGCAGCUGAAUGUAUUUACUGUCGAGGAUGAAACAGAACUCUAGCAUUGGGUUUCCUCUCACCUCUUGAAGAGACACUAAUGAAAUGUCUUGGUUGGAGGCUGCCUUCUAAUGAAAUUAGCGCACUGAGGGAACACCGUCCCAGGAUGGAGUUUAAUCUUCAUUUGUUGUACUUUCUUUCCUGUAUACCAGACUUGUUAACUGACACUUGAUUAUAUGUUGAUAAACUUGAAAAUCUUUCAAACUGACUUUGAUUUGAAGCAGUGGCAUCUUUAAUGUGUUGGGUUUUAUUUAUUUUUUGGAAGGUAUUAGAACAUGGAGCUCCAAAGUGUUAAAUAGUUCAAAGUAGUAUUACUAGAGAUGCACUGAGGUGUUAGCAUUUGAUCAGAACUGGAUGAGUGAAUACACCAUAACUAAGCACUAUAAGGUUGCACUAAGCCCAACUCUGUUCUGGAGGAGUGAAAGUUGGCACGUUUCAGUGUUGGUGAAGUGUUUAAAACUGAAGGACAAGAGAUGGAAGAAGAUCCUAGAAAGGAAAACUCUACGGAGGCAUGUUGGCUGGUCAUUCAGGCCGCUGCCACAUAACUAGACUUCAGCAGCAGCUUCUGCUCCUUUCUUCACUACUUCAGACUUUUGUUUUGUAACCGACUUGUUUAAAGGCAGGAAAUGAUCCAUCAGUUUGUCCCCACCUUGGUGACGUUUGGUGAAAACGGCAGCUGCAAAGUUGCCUUUUCCUGGCAUAAAUGACCACUCAACACAGGAACGCCCACAGCUGCCUAAAACCUGAGGUCUGAAACCAGCCAAACCUCUCUGAUUGGUGCAUCUCUAGAAUUUACUUGAUUUUCUUUUCCCAUUUAAAGUAAGAAGCUGUUUGAAUUUGUCAUGUCUGUCUGAUUGUGAACUAAGUGGCCACUAAGAGCUACAGAGCUGUGAGAAAUCUCUGAAUGAGCAUAGGUUCAAAUAUUUUACUCCAGGCUUUCUAGACUGCUUGUUUUCUUUAUUCUCCAUCAUGUUCGUAGCACUGAACAUGUUUAGGGUUCCAUGUGUAACAAGUUCCCAGCCUGCAGAUUUCUGUGGAGCAGGUUUCUUCCUCAGGCUACUUGCUGGUUAUUUUCAGGGCUUUGUCGACGUGCUGCUUGGUUUUAUUUUGUGUGUAUAUUUGUCAGCCUCCUGUCACUGCAAAUGAUCUAUGCAUUCACGCGUUAUUCCUGAAAGUGACUGCCAGGAGCUUCCAGUGGUGGAAACUCAUCUCUAAUAUAUUCCUGUUCAGAAAUGACAUCCUCUCCUUCCUGCUACUGAUCUGUCUCCAGUUUUCCACCACAAGUUAAGUUCAGAAUGAAGUUUUUCUCACCGUUCUUGAUUUGAAGAUCGUAUUGGGCUUCAGAUCAGAAGCAGUGAACAGAGGCGGAGCACCAGACUGCCGGUGUGGAUGAAGAAGGAAGUCCAGUGUACAUACUGAGGAAGCACCAAACAACAAAGAUUUGUUUUGUUGAUCCAUUUGAACAAUGCUGUACUGUACAUCCACAAGGGGUCGCUCUGCUGCCACCCCCAGCCAUUAUGUUUACUGUACUUUGAUAUCUAUGUACUGGAAAGGUCAAAUAUAUUUCUAGAGUGGAAUUUGGAUUUUAUGCAAAUUGUUGAUCUGUUUCUUUAAUUAUAAGCAAUAAAUGCAGAAAUGGAA